AUGGUGCGGCACGUGGACGACCUGGAUUUCCACCUGCCCUCGCACGCCCAGGACAUGCUGGACGGCCUGCGGCGGCUGCGCUCGCAGCCCAAGCUGGCCGACGUCACGCUGCUGGUGGAUGGCCGGGAGCUGCCCUGCCACCGCGGCCUCCUGGCGCUCAGCAGCCCCUACUUCCAUGCCAUGUUUGCGGGCGACUUUGCCGAGAGUUUCUCGGCGCGCGUGGAGCUGCGGGAUGUGGAGCCCGCCGUGGUGGGGCAGCUGGUGGACUUCGUGUACACGGGCCGGCUGACCGUCACGCAGGGCAACGUGGAGGCGCUGACCCGCACGGCCGCACGCCUGCACUUCCCCGCCGUGCAGAAGGUCUGCGGCCGCUACCUGCAGCAGCAGCUGGACGCCACCAACUGCCUGGGCAUCUGCGAGUUUGGGGAGCAGCAGGGGCUGCUGGGCGUGGCUGCCAAGGCCUGGGCCUUCCUGCGGGAGAACUUCGAGGCGGUGGCCCAGGAGGACGAGUUCCUGCGGCUGCCCCAGGACCGGCUGGCCACCUGUCUGGCCGGCGAGCUGCUGCAGGUGCAGCCGGAGCAGAGCCGGCUGGAGGCCCUGCUGCGCUGGGUGCGCCAUGACCCGCCGGCCCGGGCCGUCCACCUCCCCGAGCUGCUCGGCCUGGUGCGCCUGGACGCCGUGCCCAGACCCUGUGUGCAGAGGCUGCUGGCCACCGAGCCGCUGAUCCAGCAGUCAGAGGCGUGCCGGGUGGCCCUGUCGCAGGGCCGCGAUGAGGCUCUGCUCGCCCUCCCGCAGAAGCUGGAGGAGGUGCUGGUGGUGGUGGGCGGGCGGGCCCUGGAGGAGGACGAGGAGGGCGCCGAGGAGCCCGCCCCUCACCCCAGGAACUUCGCCUUCUACAACAGCAAGGCCAAGAGGUGGAUGGCGCUCCCAGACUUCCCCGACUACUGCAAGUGGGGCUUCUCCCUGGCCGUGCUGAACAACACCGUCUACGUCACAGGUGGCUCCCGGGGCACCAAGACAGACACCUGGUCAACCACCCAGGCCUGGUGCUUCCCUCUGAAGGAGGCCACCUGGAAGCCGGUGGUACCCAUGCUGAAGGCUCGCACCAACCACGCCAGCGCUGCGCUCAACGGGGAGGUCUACGCCAUUGGCGGCACCACUCUGGACGCGGUGGAGGUGGAGAGCUAUGACCCCUACACGGACACCUGGACACCUGGCAGCCCCGCCCUCAAGUACGUCAGCAACUUUGCGGCGGCCAGCUGCGGGGGCCGGCUGUACCUGGUGGGGUCCCGCGCCUGCAAGUACACCCCUCUAGCUCUGCAGAGCUACAACCCUAUCACAGACGCGUGGAGCGUGAUCGCCUCGCCCUUCCUCCCCAAGUACCUGUCCUCGCCGCGCUGUGCUGCGCUGCAGGGGGCCCUCUACCUGGUCGGCGACAACACUAAGAAGGUCUACGUGUACGACCCUGGGGCCAACCUGUGGCAGAAGGUGCAGUCUCUGCACAGCCUGCAUGAGAACGGGGCCCUGGUGCCGCUGGGUGACACGCUGUACGUGACUGGCGGCCGCUGGCAGGGCAUGGAUGGCGACUACCACGUGGAGAUGGAGGCCUACGACCGGGGGCGUGACGCCUGGACCCGCCACGGCUCCCUGCCCCGCCUCUGGCUCUACCACGGGGCCUCCACCGUCUUUCUGGACGUGUCCAAGUGGACCCAGCCCUUCAGCCCGGCCCAGGAGCCCUGA